UUAUUUGUAUUCUGUGGUGCAGAUCAGAUGUUGAACAGAAAACAGUACUCGCUGAGGGUUUCAAAACUAGCAUGAAAUAAAUAAAUAAAUUCAAUUCUAACAUGAACUGAAAUGUCUGGUAGUAAUAUUUAAAAAUAAGAAACUUGAAAUUUCCAGAAAUGGAUUUUAAUGUAGGAAAUGUAGAAAAGGCAGUUAAUUUGUUUUAUAAUUCUGAUUCAUUUGAGCAAAAACACGUUCAUGAAUGGUUGAAUGAUCUUCAGAACUCCCCACAAGCUUGGUCUAUAGUGUGGGAUAUUCUAAGUACACCUAGGUCUUCGCAAGUUCAUUUUUUUGCUGCCUCAACCCUACAUUUGAAAUUGAUGAGAAAUUGGGACGAAAUACCUGAACCAGAAUAUGGAAACUUCAAAGAAAAUAUGCUUAAAUUGAUAGUCAAAUUUGCAACAGGUCCAAAAAUUGUUUUGAAUCGGUUAUGUAUAGCGUUUGCAUCAUUUAUAAUCCAUACUAUAACAUCAUUCUGGAAAACUGCUUUUGAGGAUUUGGUGUACAGUUUUCAACCUCAGAAUUUACCACAACUUCAGCCAGAAAGAGUUAUAUGUAUUCUCUUAGAAAUACUAAAUGUAAUCCCAGAGGAAUUCAAAACUACUUUAUUACCUGCCCAAACAAGAAAAGACAGUCUCACUGCUUUGAUUUCUGCAGUUCGAGAUAUAAACAAAUUUUCCCUGAUGUGUAUACAACCUUCACCAAAUGCAGGAUUCACAAAUGCAAACACAUCUGUGUACCUAUGGGCGACGCGAUGCAUCUAUAAUUGGAUCCAACUAGGUUCACUGAAUGUUGAGGAGUGUCAAACUAUAUCAGAAGUUUUAACUGAUCUUAUAUGUUUCAUAUAUUGGAAUAGAAGCGAUCCUGAUGGUUUAACAACUGAAGAGACAGACUUGAUAGAAAUGUGUUCUGAUGUAUUUAUUGUGAUAUUGCAGCGUCCAAAUGUUCAUAAACAUAGGAAUCUGAUUAUGAAGAUAUGUAUAGACUUCCUUUAUAAAUGUAGGAAAAUAUUAGAAGUUGAAGGUUCAAAAGAAGAUUUUAAUGAGGACAUGCUUUUACGCCUGUAUGAUGUUAUAACAAGCCUAGCUGAUGGACAUACUAAAAUUUUCCUUAACAAUUUGUUAUCCGAAGAUAAGGAUGAACAGAAACUGAGCUGUGAUUUAUUCAAAUGUGUUCUAGAUUGCGUAAAUCUUCCAGGAGUAUACUCAGUGCACGAAAACAUUAGCAAUUUAAGUUUUGGAACUUUGUAUACUAUUCAGGAAGAAGUGACAAGUUUCGAAGUUUCUGGUUAUGCUAAACUGCUACUUUUGAUCAAACCAUUUUACCGUAGUUUGGUCUACAUAUUGCUAAGGAAAGGAGAAUAUCCACUCAAUGAAACGAAUUGGUCCGAAGACGAUCGAGAUGCUUUCCGAUGUUACAGAACAGAUAUCAGCGAUACUUUCCUUUAUUGUUACAAUGUUUUGAAUUUGGAAUUAAUUGAUAUGUUAUAUACGAGAUUGACAGAAAUACUCAAGAAGAAAGAUUAUCAAUGGAAUGAACUGGAAGCUUGUUUACAUGCUGUUUCAUCGGUAGCUGAAUGUACAGAAUCUGAAAAUUUAUAUUUACCAAGAUUAAUGGUUACCAUUAAAGAUAUACCAUUCGAUACAUUGAAUAGCAAAGUUUUAAGUACAGCAAUAACUGCAAUAGGCAAUUACAGCGGAUUAAUUUCGGAAAAUCAUGAAGUACUGGAAUAUACACUACCCUUAGUUAUAAAAGCGUUAGAAAAUCCCGAUAUAUCUUUGACUGCAACAAUGGCACUCAAAGAUAUCACGAAUUCCUGUCAGAAGUUUAUGCUUCCAUAUUCCGAACCAAUUCUGAACCAGAUACAGAAAGUUCUCACAAUGGGUAUCCUGAAAAUGCCCGCAAAUAGACGUCUUUUUGCUUGUAUGGGAAGAGUACUGUCAGUUUUGCCGCUUCCUAGAGCUAUGGAUUAUCUGAAUAUUGUACUGGCACCUUACUUCGACGAAUUUCAUAAAGAAUUAUUAGAUGAUUCUUUAUCUGUGAGAAUAUCUAUAUUAACUAAAUUAAAGAUUCUUGGUGCCUUGUAUGGCUCAAUGUCAGUAUUAGAAGAAAAUGAAAAAAUGGAAGGACCACAACCCUUGCUGGUAAUAAUGCAAAAUACGAUGCAAGUUUACGAAGUUAUUGGGGAGAAGUAUUGCAAGGACUUGGCCGUUAUUGAGGAUCUUUCGUUAGUUCUCAAGAGCGCAAUAACUUCUUUGAUGGAAUUUUCAAAACCAAUAGUUAAUGACGUGUUGCAAAUAGUUACAUCAAUUUUCAAACUGAAUCCACAAAAUAGCGUGCUGAUUGUUGCUAAAACUAUAUUCAUCAUAUUUUGUAAGGAUCAAGAUACCAACACGAUAAUUCAUCAUUCAUUAGCAGAAAUUGUGAACAUCACUUUGAGCAUGUGUUCACAGUAUCAAAAUGAAAAUUCAUUAUCAGAAAAAGCCGAUGUUUUAGAAGGAUUUUUCUUGUUACUGUCCUCAUUAUUAAAAAAAUUACCCCAAUAUAUAUUUUUUGGGGGUUGCAUAAAUCCUAUUUCUAUUUUUCAGUGUGGAAUUAUGGCUUUGGUGCUUCCCGAGCAGCAACUCCUAAAAGCUUGUUCUAGUUUUCUAUCGAAUAUGAUAAUUCAAAGUGUCGACUGUGGCCAUUCUCAAAUUAUAGAGAGUAUUGGGGAGAGUUUGAUGUUGAGAAUGUUAUUGAGUAUAGGAACAACAACUCCCAGACAGAACAUAGGAUAUUUUGCCGACAUAUUUCAAGCUUUGAAUAAAAAAUGUAACCAACAUUUUCAUAAAUGGUUAUGUCAAUUUCUAAGUCAAGAUAAUUUUCCAUCUCCCAAAAUAUCUUCUAAGGAUAAAGAGAAGUUCAUUGAAUUGGUGGUGGCACCCUCAAUGAGCAAAAAGAAGAUGACUGAUACACUUCUUGAGUUCAGUUUGAUAAGUAAAGGGAUUAUAACAAGUGAUGCACUCAGGAGUUUUCAGUAAACCUUCCUUCUCCAGAGGUAUCAGGAUUCCGUCGUCAUCGUCCAUGUAUCCAUAAUAGUCUGCAUCAAUGUCUUUCAUCAAUUCGGCCCUUGUUUUUCUUGGCGGUGGUGGGGGCUCCUGCUCAAAUAGUUCUCUAACACCUAGAUUUAAGCAAUAACCUUAUUAUUGAUAUAAUUUGUUUUCGAUUUUUUUAACUAUAUUUUAAUCCAACUGUUAUUGAAUGUACAAUAGGAUACCAAAACUCAACAUUGACUUUUAUGUUCAAUUUUCAUUUUCUUUCUAUGUACAUUAUUUGUUUUUGGCACCAAAUCAAAUUAUAUCAAUUAAUCAGUGCAUCUUUUUCCUCAUUGAGUUUCUAAGUUGUAUUAUGUUCACUGUAAAUAAUAAAUUCAAUAUUUGUAUAGAAGACUGAAAUAAAUUAUUUAUCAAUGA